AUGAACGUACUGGGGAUUGUCAUCUUCUCGGCCACCAUGGGUAAAACAAAACCUGAUAAUCCUUAUGGUCUGCUGCUGGGGAAGAUGGGAGAACGUGGAGCGCCGUUGGUCAACGUGUGCCAGUGCAUCAACGAGUGCGUCAUGAAGAUUAUCAACGCUGCCAUGUGGUACUUCCCCUUCGGCAUUGUGUUUCUUGUGGCAGGGAAGAUCCUGGACAUGCACGACCCGGCCCACCUGGGAGAGAAGCUGGGCAUGUACUUCAUCACGGUCCUCUCUGGUUUGUUUGUGCACGGCCUCAUCCUGCUGCCUCUCUUCUACUACUUUUUCACUCGCAAAAACCCCUUCCCCUACAUCAGAGGGCUGCUGCAGGCUCUCGUCAUUGCCCUGGCCACAUCAUCAAGCUCAGCCACUUUGCCCAUCACCAUGAAGUGUCUCUUGGAGAACUGUGGAGUGGACCGGCAGAUCGCUCGCUUCGUGCUGCCAGUUGGAGCUACCAUCAACAUGGAUGGGACCGCCCUGUACGAGGCAGUGGCGGCCAUCUUUAUCGCUCAGGUCAACGAGUAUGACUUGGACUUUGGCCAGCUGGUCACUAUUAGUAUAACGGCAACAGCAGCGAGCAUCGGGGCAGCUGGGAUACCUCAAGCCGGUCUGGUUACAAUGGUGAUUGUCUUGACCUCUGUGGGGUUGCCGCCUGCUGACAUCUCGCUGAUUGUUGCCAUUGAUUGGGUCCUUGAUCGGUUUCGGACGAUGAUCAAUGUUCUUGGUGAUGCCUUAGCUGCUGGGAUUAUGGCUCAUUUAUGUAGGAAGGACUUUGAGAAAGCAGAAACUACUCCUGCACCUACUGCCACUCCUGACGCCAAUAACGGAGGAGGCCCCAACCGGAGAGACACCGUAAUCUCAUUUGGUAAUCAGAGCGUGGCGAUGUCUGACGCUCCUCUGAUCACGCACCGCUGCGAUUAUGUGUUUGAGGUGGAUGGAGAAAAUGUGCUGGAGAGACCUGUGGCCUGCUACAACCUCUGCCACGUCUGAGACACUUUUUACAGGACGGAGAGCAGGGGACACUGCCUUCUGUAGGGACUAAUUAACCUCUUCGGAUCGAAGGGACCGUCAUCUGAGGCCCGAAAUAAAUCCAGUUGGUUAAAAUCCAGUCAGGUUUCUGUUCUAAAUGAAGUAUAUUGUGGCGUCAGGGUUUAGCGGCUUAAAUGGAUUUUGCCUGUGCCAUGCCGAAAACAAAAACCUUCGUUACUUGAUAUACUGCACGUUUCCAUUCAGUUUAGACUGUGGGGAAAUGCAACUUUCACAAUUAAUCUAAAACAUUGACUACACCAGUAGACAUGCAUUAGAUGGAGAUUAGCGGUAACGGUUAGACAUUCACAGUAGGCCUGUUCUAGAUUGAUCAAGGUUUUGAGCUGCCUUAACAUGAUCUCAGUUUCGACAAUAAUUCUGAGAACCUGAAAGACUUGAAAGUAAACAAAAACUGACAAUGAGCAAAUGUGUUUUGAUGAAGUGAACCUUUGUUAGACGUGGUAUUUAUAUUCAUAGA